AUGGCACCUGCGGGCUGCGGCUGCGGCUGCCGGGGCGGCACGGGUGUCUGGGCGCUGCAGCUGCUGCUGCUGCUGCUGCUGAGCGUGCUGGUCUCCGCGCGGGCCACCGAGCACUACUCGCCGCUGUCGCUGCUCAAGCAGGAGCUGCAGCACCGGCAGUCGCAGGAGGCCCCGGUGGGCGGUGGCUGCCCGCAGUCGGGUGACUGGGCGGACCAGUACCCGACAGAGUGCGAGUCUUCCUUUUUGAACUUCCAUGAGUCCGACUGUGAGCCCAAAGGAUCGCCACCUUGUGACUCCUUGCUUUCCCUCAACACUGAGAAGAUUCUGAGCCAAGCCAAGACAAUUGCAGAACAGAGGAGAUUCCCAUUUGCCACUGAUAAUGACAGCACGAAUGAAGAGUUAGGUGAGACCUGG